AUGAACGCCAUUCGCCAGACUCAGGCGCUCAACAAGCGCGAGCUUGAAAACGCGGUACCACCCGAAGCGUCAUGGCAUGCAGACUACCGCGACACCGCGUACAUUUACAUCGGCGGGCUUCCACUCGAUCUCUCGGAGGGUGAUAUUGUCACGAUUUUCUCGCAGUAUGGAGAACCAGUGCAUAUCAACCUGCUCCGCGACAAGGAAACGGGCAAGAGUCGUGGUUUUGCGUUCCUCAAAUAUGAGGACCAGCGCAGCACAGACCUUGCAGUCGAUAAUCUGGGUGGCGCAACGGUUCUAGGGCGUCUGUUGCGUGUGGACCACACACGCUACAAGCGCCGGGAUGACGAGGAGGAGGGAGAUAAUGUCGCCAGGCUGAUGGGCGAUGCGACUAUUACCGAGAGCAAAAAGGAUGGCGACGAUGGCCGACAUGACCGCAGGAGAAGGCGCAGCGAUGCCGACAGAGAGGAGCGCCGACCUAUGCUCAAGGAGGAGAAGGAACUCCAAGAACUCAUUCAGAACCACGAUGAGGAGGACCCGAUGAAGGAAUUCUUGAUCGAAGAGAAGAAAGAAGAGGUUGCACUUGCGAUUGCGAAGUAUCAAAGCAGCAAAAGAUCGUCUAGGAGGCGGGAUGACAGCAGAGAACGCUCCAGUCGACACCAUCGCCGCCAUCGCUCUCGUUCCACGGACCACAGACGCCGAGACGAUCGGUCCCCAGGCAGGGAAACGAAAUCACGGCGCCGGUCUGCAGAUCGCGAGGAGAGAUCGAGAAGAGAUCGCUCUACAGAACGAAAGGAACGUCCUCGUGGGGACCGGUCAACGGAAAGAGGAGAACGAUCUAGGAGAGACAGGUCGACGGAGCGAUCUCGCUCACCGGGCUCUCGAAGACAUCGCAGUGACCGAGAGAGACAUGAUCGCCGCCGCUGA